UCUCAGAACACCGGAAGUGAGCGUGAAGGCGAAGCGGCCACGGGCAAGAUGGCACGGAGCGUACUGUGUACGGGCCUCGGUGUGCUUCAGCUAAGCAGGAAAACCGCGCUGCUGUCCGGCGCUCGUUUCUACUCGCAGAGCGAAGCGGAGCCGCUGACACUGAAGCAGCAAAGCGACGGAAUAAGGAGAAUAAUACUAAACAACCCCAAGAAGAGGAAUGCUUUGUCUCUGUCCAUGCUCGAGUCUCUCCGAGAGAACAUCUUAGCUGAUGUUGACAGCGAGGAUCUCAGAGUUGUCAUCCUAUCAGCCAAAGGUCCGGUGUUUUCCUCUGGACACGACCUGAAGGAGCUGACAUCUGCUCAGGGUCGAGAAUAUCACACAAAGGUGUUUCAUACCUGCUCAGAGGUGAUGACGCUGAUACAAGACAUACCUGUUCCAGUGAUCGCCAUGGUGAACGGUGUUGCCACAGCAGCCGGAUGCCAGCUUGUUGCCAGUUGUGACAUCGCUGUGGUGACGGAGAAGUCCACCUUUGCUACUCCGGGUGUCAGCGUGGGUCUGUUCUGCUCGACGCCGGCGGUGGCCAUCGGCAGAGCGGUGCCGAGGAAGGUUGCUAUGGAGAUGUUGUUCACAGGAACUCCCAUCUCAGCCCAUGAUGCUUUGCUGCACGGUCUGGUCAGUAAAGUGGUGCCGGAGGAGCGGUUGGAAGAGGAAACAUUAGCCAUUGCCGAGCGUAUCUGUAAAGCUAGCCGACCUGUUGUAGCCCUCGGAAAGGCCACUUUUCAAAGACAAAUGGCUCAAGGUCGCGAUGCUGCGUAUGCCACCGCCUCAAAGGUGAUGGUCGACAACCUGGCUCUGAGAGACGGGCAGGAGGGGAUCCGCGCCUUCAUAGAGAAACGCAAACCAGUGUGGAGCCAUAAAGCAGAAAAAGCCCACGACUGACUGAGUUUUAGCAAAUUAUGCAAUGAUCAUGUGAUUAAUAUUACUGAAACACAUGAUUAGCACUCACUGGUGAGUUGAGUAAUUACCACCAGCCUUCAGUGAAUGUGUCAGCUGUGCCGUUUCAUGUUCUCUGAGGAUUUCCUUCUGUUCACCGUAGCUAAAGAUGAUGAUGAUCCAUUGUGUGCCUUAAAAGCUGCUGUCAGAGCAAUGAGAAGGAAAUACACUGUUGACUAAGAUGGUGGAUAACAAAAUAGACAUAAUAGAUAAAUGCUGCUUUCCAUCCAAUUUUAGAUGGAUUAAAUGAGGUUAAGAAUGGAAAGAGAAUCUUAAUGUUGAGAUGAGCUACAUCUAAGCUCUGUUUGCUAGACUGUAAAUCUUAAACAGAAGCUGAAGUUUGGAUCUUUGAGCAGAAUUACUUUUUUUUUCAGAUCCUGGUUUAAUUUGUUCUGGAUUUGUAAUUGAAAUAAGUAGAAGAUUAUAAAAUGAAUGACCUUGACACAAAACUAUAAUAUUAUAAUUCAAUAAGCUUGUUGAAAUACAACACUCUACUUCAGUAGCUUAAAGAGGUUUGAAAUGUUGCCAGUAGUUCAGAAAAACAAUAACAACAUAACUACAACAUAAAUCUAAAAAAUGAAGUAUUUUUAGGGAUUUUCUUUGUCCUGUUACACAUAAUCCUCCCAAUGUCUGCAGGUCCUGAACAGUUAAAGCUGAAAUUCUGCACUUAUAAAAUAAAACACUAUAAAAUAAAAUAAAAAGUCUGCAAAGAAACAUUUAUCAGUACUUGUUCCUUGCAAACAGGGUAAACAGCUUGUGUAAGAAUGACUGUAAAACCUUUCUGUGGACUGUGGGAGCGUCAGGAGGAGCAGCGAGCAAAGCUGGACAGUAUGGAAGAAUUUUAGACUCAAAGUGAGUCAGUUUUAAAGAAUCAGACAGUCGGAAAUGAACUGACGUUUGUCCAUCACCUUUUAUUGUGCCAACUUUUUGUUGUUAAGUGGUGUUUGUGUUAGUUUCUGUUGUUUUUGUUGAAAUUGUGCAUUAAAAUUAAAACUCUUAUAUGGAUUUAUUUACCCAAAAUUAAAAUCAAAGUGGUUAGAAUGAAAACCUUGUUCACAAAAUCAAUGUGAGGCCCCUGUGGAGGAGAUAAACUGUCUAAUCUGUCAUCUGUGUGCAAAACACAUAUUUUUGUGGUAGAGCCCACACACGCGCUGUAGCAGGAUACACGCUGUACAAAAACACAACUUUUUCUCAGUGCGAUCAAGUGACAUGUGACACGCAGCCGGUAGCGUCACCAGGAGCUGCUUAGCUGCUGGAUCUGGAGCGGACGGACUGUCGGCGUCCUGUCGCUCAGCUGGAGUUACCAGGGUGACCGUGAUGUCACAAAGCCAGCUUGCCUGCAGGUGGUCGGAGAAGUCGUUGACACAGAGAGCGGAGCGAGAUGUUAUCAGAGUCCAGCUUCGCUCAUCAUUCUUGUUUUCUCAAGGUUUCAUUGCUGCUACGCACACAGCAAAAUCAGCAGUGUUAAAUUAACAAUGU